AUGUCUACCACAGUGGAAAAAAUUAAAUCCAUCGAAGAUGAGAUGGCUAGAACCCAAAAAAAUAAAGCUACCGAAUUCCAUCUGGGUCAAUUGAAGGCUAAACUAGCUAAAUUGAGAAGGGAAUUGUUAACCAGUAAUGCAUCCUCAGGUGGUGGUGGUGGUGUUGGUUUCGAUGUCGCCAGAACAGGUGUAGCAUCCGUUGGUUUUGUCGGUUUCCCCUCCGUUGGUAAAUCGACUCUGCUGUCAAAAUUGACAGGUACCGAAUCAGAAGCUGCUGAAUAUGAAUUCACAACUUUGGUUACUGUCCCUGGUGUUAUUCGUUAUAAAGGUGCCAAGAUCCAAAUGUUGGAUUUGCCAGGUAUCAUUGACGGUGCUAAAGAUGGUCGUGGUCGUGGUAAGCAAGUUAUUGCCGUCGCAAGAACUUGUAACCUAUUGUUCAUCGUCUUGGAUGUUAAUAAACCUUUGCAUCAUAAACAGAUUAUAGAAAAAGAAUUGGAAGGUGUGGGUAUUCGUUUGAACAAGUCCCCUCCUGAUGUCAUCAUUAAGAAAAAGGAGAAAGGUGGUAUUUCAAUCACCAGCACCGUUAACUUGACCCAUUUAAGUCAUGAUGAAAUUAGAGCUGUAAUGAGUGAGUAUAGAAUUAACAGUGCAGAAAUUUCUUUCAGAUGCGAUGCUACCGUUGAUGACUUAAUCGAUGUCCUUGAAGCUCCUUCAAGAAGAUAUAUGCCUGCCAUUUACGUUUUGAACAAGAUUGAUUCUUUAUCAUUGGAAGAAUUGGAAUUGUUAUAUAGAAUCCCAAAUGCCGUUCCUAUUUCUUCAGGUAGAGAAUGGAAUCUGGAUGAACUAUUAGAAGUCAUGUGGGAUAGAUUAAAUUUGGUUAGAGUUUAUACAAAACCAAAGGGUAAAAUACCAGAUUUCACAGAUCCAGUCGUGUUGAGAUCUGACCGUUGUUCUGUUAAGGACUUCUGUAACCAAAUUCACAAAUCUUUAGUCGAUGAGUUUAGAAAUGCAUUAGUUUUUGGUAGUAGUGUUAAGCACCAACCUCAAUACGUUGGUUUGAAUCAUGUGCUAGAAGAUGAAGAUGUCGUAACUAUCUUAAAGAAAUAA